AUGCGAAUCGCCGUCUUUAUAAAAAAAAAAGAAAAAGAAAUAACAAUACGGGUCGGGAUAGCAAAUGCCUUCAAAUCAACUCGCCUGAUUCAGUCCAAUGUCAUUCUGUUCUUAUCUGUCUGUCUAUCUAUCUAUCUAUCUAUCUAUCUAUCUAUCUACAUACCUCCAUUCUCUACUCUCUCUCUCUCUCUCUCACUCUCUCGCUCCCUCUCUCUCUCACACUCACUCUCUCUCUCUUUCACUAAUUCUCCUCUCUCUCUUUCUAUCUUUCGCUCUCUCUCUCUCUCUCUCAUUCUCUCUCUCGCUCACUCUCUCUCUCUUUCCCUAAUUCUCUUCUCUGUCUUUCUAUCUUUCCGCUCUCUCUCUCUCCUCUCUCUCUUUCACUUCUCUCCUCUUUCUCUUCUUUCUUUCCUCUCUCUCUCCUCUCUCUCUUUCACUAAUUCUCCUCUCUCUCUUUCUAUCUUUCCUCUCCUCUCUCUCACUCACUCUCUCUCUCUCUUUCACUAA